UCCAAAGUAGCAGACGAAACCAAUAAUGGGAUCGUAAAGUUGCAAAAAAAAUGGGAAAUGCACUCAGGAUUGCUUAUGGCGUAUGCUGUUCCAAGCCACCAACCACCACCACCACCGCCGGUGAUCAAGAACUUGGCCACCACGGCGUUUCUACAUCCACCGUCGGUGUCUCCGCCCUUGCCCAACACCUCUAUCACUUUGAAAUCACCUCCCAGGUUCCUGGAGGUCUGACUAAGCAUGUCACUUCAUCCAAGAGAGCUCAAAUUAACUGGUAUAAGAAACUAGCAAAGGCAUGGAGGGAAUCAAAACCCCCACCCAAGACACCUGAAGAGGCUUCCAGACUUGUAAUUCACACCCUGCACAAACAUCAAACACCUGAUAUUGAGGGCUUAUUGUCAUUUUACGGUCUCCCUCUUCCUCAUUCACUAGUUGAACUCACCGCUGGUGACGCUCCACUGCUUGCCGACGGUCUUAAUUAUGAGUUACACACGCUUCCUGUGGAUGCAAGGGCAGUAGCAGAUGGGGAUACUGUAACAGUCUAUGUUAGUACCUCAGAUUCUCGGGAGUCGUCGCGUGUUCCCCAAUCGGUACAAGUGGCAGCGGUUGAACGCAAUGAAGCACGUGCCCAGAGAAACUACACGAAAGCUGAUGCACUGCACAAGCAAAUCACAGAUGCAGGAUAUCGAGUACUACAUAUUCAUGAUGAGGACAUUCUAGCACGCAAGUACCGCAUUAGACUAAGGGGAAUAGAUGCGCCCGAAAGCUUGAUGCCCUACGGGAAAGAGGCGAAGGAGGAGCUGGUGAAGAUAAUCGGUGGCAAGUGUUUAAAAAUUUUGAUCUUCGAUGAAGAUCAAUAUGGUCGUUCUGUUGGGGAUAUCUACUGUAAUGGCAUCUUUGUACAGGAAUUAAUGUUAAAGAAAGGACUUGCAUGGCACUACACUGCCUACGACAAACGGCCAGAAUUUAAGAAGUGGGAGAAAGAUGCCAGAGCCAAGCGACUUGGGUUGUGGGCUUCAUCAAAUCCUGAAAUGCCAUGGGAAUGGAGGAAGAAUCGUCGUGAAAACAGAUAGCUGCACUGCUACACUCUCAAACGGAUGAUGCUACUUCUUAGUCUGUUUCCAGGCCACCAUCAACUAUGACACAUAGGAUAAACAAGGCUUUGGACCUUCAAAUCUGUCUUUUGUAAGAGAGUUAGCAUGGUGAAUUAAGAUUAAAACUCAGUAAAAGGGUGUGAAAACAACUCUCCCGUAAUCGAACUGUUAAAAAUGUUUUCCCAUGGAUCAAACUGUUUGUCGCUCC